AUGCGUUGGUUGAUUUUCAGUUAUGAACAAGAUUCCAUUGUCAAACAAUGUGAUGAUAUUUUACAUGUUGUGGGACAAACUGUCGUUCAUGAACAUCAUCAUGGAAAGUCUUCCAUCGAAGACGUGAAAGCAAAAAUUACACGACAUCAACCAAAUCGUAUCAUUGUAAUUGUCAAUGACGAUAAGUCUGAACAAGAUCAUUCACUUUUAACAACAUUAAACGAUCAUCUUUUGAUUCCUUUGUAUGUUGCACAAGCAACUAUUAGUACGUAUUCACCAAUUCCUGUUCUACUACUGUCAUUCACAACAAGAAACGAACCUUCUGAGUCAGUGUCACCAACUGACAUCGUACAAAAUGCAACGGAUGAAUUGAUCAAUAUUUAUCCACAUAUCAUCAACGCAAAAAUUUUUACAGCGAUCACGGACGAAGACUUAAAUGAUAAUACCUUAUUGGCCAAAUUUCGAUCUUUAUGGGGAGAAAAUCCUGAAGAAUCGCAUUACAUUACAAUCCUCUCAGAUGCCUUACCUAUCCUAUUGGCAUUGAUACACGACGGUAAAAUCAGUGGUCAAGUCGAUAUUUGUAAUAAAGGUACGAUUUCAAUUCAAUGGUUCGAACAAUAUCUUUCUAAACAAAUCAAACGCGAUCUUAAUGGUCAAAAGAUUGUUUCUGGUGAAAAUAUCACUGACACAUUCGAAAGAUGGAAUAAAUCGAUGAUAACACCUGAAACACGUCAUCUCUAUCAAGCAGCGUUUACAUUACCAAAUGCGGCAACAAGUAUCGAACAAUAUCUUCAACAAAAGUCCAUUCAACUCAAUCCAAAUGCACCACGAAUUAUUUUAGUUACAGGUGGUUGUGGCUUUAUUGGAAGUACAUUUAUUAAUCAUUGGCUUGAAACAUAUCCCGAUGAUCGAAUCAUUAAUAUCGAUCGAUUAGAUCCUGUUUCCAAUACGAAAAAUAUUGAAAAUUCUUCGUCACCAAACUAUUCAUUAAUCGUUGCUGAUAUUAGUAACAAAGACAUCGUUUUGCACUUGAUGAAACAAUAUAACAUCACGCAUAUUGUUCAUUUUGCUGUUCAAGCUCAUUUGGAUAAUUCAUUCGGAAAUAGUAUAACAUUUACUGAAACAAAUGUCUAUGGCACGCAUGCGGUUCUCGAAGCUACUCGAAUCUACGGUAAAAUUCAAAAAUUCAUUCAUAUCAGUACUGAUGAAGUUUAUGGUGAGUCGCCGGAUGGAAGUUAUCAAGAAACAAACCUUCUGAAUCCAUUGAAUCCUUAUGCAGCCACCAUCGCUGCUGCCGAAUUUCUUGUGAAAUCGUAUGGUGAAAGUUUCAAACUAUCGUAUUGCAUCGUACGUUUAACAAACGUCUAUGGACCACGACAACAUAUCGAAAAACUGAUUCCUGCGUUUGUAAACAACUUACUUAAAGGUGAUAAAUUAACAAUUCAUGGUGAUGGUAAACAGCAACGACUUUAUAUUUAUGUUGAUGAUGUUAUCAAAGCUGUCGAAAGUAUCUUUCAUCGUGGAAAAUCAAAAAUGGUUUAUAAUGUUAGUGGAGAAAAAGAACUGAGCGUUUUAGAGAUUGCGAAGAAACUUUUGGAAAAAUUUCAUCUUGAUCAAAAGGCUGAUGAACUUAUUGUGCAUGGUAAACCACGUUCAUUCACGGAAAAACGAUAUUCAACAACAGCAACAAGUGGGGCAAUGAAAACAUUAGGAUGGACAGCAAAAGUUUCGUUUGAUGAAGGUUUAGAUCGAACAAUUCAAUGGUAUAGAGAACAUUCCGACUAUUGGACAAAAUAG